GCGAGUUGGCGGAAAGGGGGGGCAAGAUGGCGGUGGUGGAAGUGGAGGUGGUGGGGGCGCCGCUGGAGCCCGGCGCCGAGGAGGUGGACCUGUCACACCUGGAUCCGGAUGAGAGAUGGCGGAUCGAGCACGCCCGAAUGCACGCCAAGCACCGGGGCCACGAGGCCAUGCACGCCGAGAUGGUGCUCAUCUUGAUUGCCACGUUGGUUGUUGCCCAGCUGCUCCUGGUGCAGUGGAAACAGAGGCACCCUCGCUCCUACAAUAUGGUGACCCUCUUCCAGAUGUGGGUCGUUCCCCUCUACUUCACUGUGAAACUUCACUGGUGGCGAUUCCUGGGCAUCUGGAUCUUCUUCUCAGCCAUCACGGCUUUCGUGACCUUCCGAGCAACCCGGAAGCCCCUUUUCCAGACCACACCCAGAUUGGUUUACAAGUGGUUUCUCCUAAUAUAUAAGAUCAGCUAUGCCACAGGGAUCAUCGGAUAUAUGGCUGUCAUGUUCACACUCUUCGGACUUAAUUUAUUAUUCAGAAUAAAACCAGAAGACGGCAUGGAUUUUGGGAUCUCCCUCCUCUUCUACGGCCUCUAUUAUGGAGUCCUGGAGCGCGACUUUGCGGAAAUGUGUGCGGACUACAUGGCUUCCACAAUCGGGUUUUACAGUGCCUCUGGCAUGCCCACCAAGCACCUCUCAGACAGUGUCUGCGCCGUCUGCGGGCAGCAGAUCUUUGUUGAUGUGAAUGAAGAAGGGAUCAUCGAAAACACCUACAGGCUCUCUUGCAAUCACGUCUUCCAUGAGUUCUGCAUCCGGGGCUGGUGCAUCGUGGGGAAGAAGCAGACCUGCCCCUACUGCAAGGAGAAGGUGGACCUGAAGCGGAUGUUCAGCAACCCCUCCUGCCCAGCUGGGAGAGGCCACACGUCAUGUACGGACAGCUGCUGGACUGGCUCCGCUACCUGGUGGCUUGGCAGCCGGUCAUCAUCGGACUGGUGCAAGGGAUUAACUACAUCCUGGGGCUGGAAUAGCCCCCCGGAUCCUCCCACCUCACCGGAAUGCCCCUGGGGAGCCGGCCCCCCCGAGCUGUGCGACGGAGGACAGCCCUCGGACCCAGAGGAGGAGCGUUCUUGAUCAUUUACCUCUCAGGAUUGUGGCCUUUGGCCCAUCGCUGCUCCGUCAGCAAACCCCGAAGGACUUUGUGCAAGAGAAACACAGCCAAGGUCAGCUUGUGCUGCCUGUAGGUUGGGAGGGAGAAGCCUCUUCAAUUUUUUUUUUUUUACCAAGAAAGAAAACAAUUAUUUUAAUGAGCAUAUUGAAACAUCUUUUUAUUCCUGAGGCCAAAGGAAAUAGAUGUUUCCCUUCCCUUCCAGUUACCCUCCAGAACUGCCCCUCCACGCCUGGCCUCAUGGCACCACCUUUGAGCAGGCCCUCUUCCCCUCGGUCGCUUCUGGCCGGCCAGCCCAGGGCUCCUGAGGGCUGAUGCCAAGCAGGGCAGCCGCCGUCUGGCGGAGAGGGUCCUGCCCUGCCUCCGGUUCCCAGCCCCACCCCCCCGGCUUUUGAGGGCAGCGGUCCUCCGAGGCCAGGCAUGGGUCAUGCCGUGUUGUCUCAACUUUUUCCACGGAGACCAAGCGCCGAUUCUGGACUUCCUCGGUUUUUCCUGCCCUGGCUGGACCUCACCGGAAGGAGGCACAUCCCGGUCUUGGUGGAGAGGGACCUCUGCCUUCUUGCGCUCUUCUCUUAAAGCAUCUCCCUUGUGAGCGGCUCCUCGUCAGGCCUGGGGCUGCUCUCAGCUUGCCCAUUAGGCGAGGUGAGCUUUGGAAGAAGCAGCUCGGGAACUUGUGCGGCCUGCCACCUUUUUCUCCUCCAAACGAGCAAAUGAGCAAAAUGUGCCAGAUUGUGGGGCUGGGGGGAGUUGGUUCCUCAUUCUCCACUUCACCCAGAAGGAAGCAGUGCCCGGCCAAGUUCAUUCCGAUGCCGAGAGGUCCUGGCAAAGCUGAGGGUCGCCAGAUGGCCUCCCAUCCCCACCCGUGUAUGCUUAUGUUUAGGGCUUGACAUAAACGUGGCAAUGUUUGUUUUAAUAAAAUGAACGGCAGCGUUAA